AUGGGACCUUACCAACAUCCUUAUCUGAAGGCUGUGGGUGGGGUUUGUUUACGUGGCCGCGCAUGGCGACCGGUCCUCUUGGUCUCGCUUGGUAGUAUUAGGGACUCUACGAGAGGGGGCGCGCUUUGGCUUGGCGCUCGACAUCAAAUAGCCGCACCCACGGGACCGCAUCUCAGAGGCUCUUGGGAAAGCGCUCAUCAGCAUGAUCGCUCUCCGCAUAGGGGUCAACGCGAUGAGGGCCUUCGCGGGCGUCAAUCGCGCGAUACCGCAAGGGGGGGUUCUCCGCGGGAUAACUCGUCUCAGGCAGACCAUCGCGGGGCCUUUUCUUCGACCCACAACGGGCGCCGGGCCUCUUCUUGGAGAAGCCCCACGGAUAAUGAAAGCACGAGCGAUGCCGACGAUUACUCCAGCCGGGAUACCUUGGCCGAGCCACGCUACACCUUCUGGCAGUCUCUCCGCCGCUAUUCACGGCGUAAGAUGCCGUUCAAUCCGCUGCAUCAAAUACACAAGUGGGGCGAUCUCACGGAGUCGGGCGAUCCCGCUAACAGGGGCACCAAACGCUUCUUGUUGGCCAUUGAGGAGAUGUUCGGCAGAUCCAAGAAGCGCAGCGAGAAGAUGACAGUUCACCUCUCCGAAGAUCAACGUCACGAGAUCGUGGCGCGCUACGCAUCGACGAGGUGGUGGGGCAGGCUCUACUACCCCUUUCGCAAUAUUUCCGAUCGACAGAUCAAAUGGUCCCGGAGGAUUUCGCGUGUGUUGAUGAUGGUGAUUUUGAUAUUUGUCUCAAUCAUCAUUUUUGUCCUUUACUUUCAGGAAGUGCGGGUCGUGGGGUUGUUAUCGCCAGAGGAUAGGCGAGAUUAUAUUCACAUAGUGAAUGGCAUGCGUCUUAGUGAGGUCUAUAAGCUUGCGGAUGAGGUGUUAGCCAAAGAGGACCCACUGAUGGCUCUUCCAGCCGAGGAACGUUGUCAUUUGUUUUUGGAGGCGGCACGCGAGAAGAAUUGGCAUCUUAUUGACUGGGAGGUGGAGGCUCGCAGCCGUUACCCGAGGUCGGCUCUAGACGACUUUGACUUGGUGCAUUUAACCUACUGGUUGUGCAUGACGGUGGGUAGCACUCUAACGGGUAGCUCAACAUACUUCACAGAUUCGUUUGGUCUGGCGGAGAGGACGAAGAGACAAGAGGCUGAGCUUAGUUCUUUAGAAUUUGAUCCUAAAGCCUUACCGGAGAAAAAGAAACGGGGGUUCUGGGAGCUCUAA